CUGCCGUGGGCAAGGCCAGGCGGCUGCAAGGAUGAUGCAGGGAUGAAGGAAGCCUCGGAUGGGACGCGCUACUGAGACGAGCCUUUCCAAGGAGGAGGCAGGAGCCAAUGAAAUCGGGAAGCGACUACCUUCACCCCAACAAGGACCUGUGUCGACGCCGACGCCAGCGCCGCCCCUUCCCGGUAACCGCGCCCCACCAGCGGCCGCUCCCGCACGGCGCCUGCGGGACAUGCGCGGACCCUGCCAGGCUCCUGCCCCGCGUCCCUUCCCCCCGCCUCUUCCUUCCCGCCUUUGCCAUGGCGACACCGAGUGGCCUGAUCCGGGCCCUACACCGCGGGACCCUCGGCCAGAAUAUGGUUGUGGAUCGGAUUUUCUCUGGUAUCCAGCCAACUGGGACCCCUCAUCUGGGUAACUACCUUGGAGCCAUUCAGAACUGGGUGAAUCUGCAGGAAAAGUGCAGCUCUGUGCUCUAUAGCAUUAUGGACAUGCACUCUCUCACCAUGCCCAAGGAGCCAGCUGUCCUGCGCCAGAACAUCCUGGACACCACUGCUGCCAUCCUUGCCUGUGGGAUUGACCCCAAGAAGUGUCUCCUGUUCCGGCAGUCACUGGUUCCUGAGCAUGCAGAACUUGCCUGGAUUCUUGGGUGCUUAACUAAUGUGCCACGUUUGCUACGUUUGCCCCAGUGGAAGAUGAAACGUGCCAGCCAGAAUAGCGAAGGAACUGUUGGUUUGUUGACUUACCCUGUGCUUCAAGCAGCAGAUAUUUUGCUGUACAAGUCAACACGUGUUCCUGUUGGAGAAGAUCAAGUCCUGCACCUGGAACUAGCCCAAGAUAUAGCACAACAUUUCAACAAGAAAUAUGGAGAAUUCUUUCCUGUGCCCAAAGCCAUUUUAAGUACAACCAAGAAAAUAAAAUCCCUCAGAGAUCCAUCGGCGAAGAUGUCCAAGUCAGACCCACAGAAGUUAGCCACCGUUAACAUAGCAGACAGCCCUGAUGAAAUAGUGCUGAAAUUUCGCAAAGCUGUGACUGACUUUACCUCGGAGGUGACCUACGACCCCGCCGCUCGCCCCGGUGUCUCAAAUCUGGUGUCCAUUCACGCUGCAGUAACAGGGCUUAGCAUCAAAGAGGUGCUGCACCAAGCCACUGGGCUCGACACUGCUCACUACAAAAUGGUGGUAGCAGAGUCGGUUAUCCAAAAAUUUGCACCUAUCAGGAAUGAAAUCAAGAAACUCCAGGAAGACAAGUCUCAUCUGAUAAAGGUUUUAGAGGAUGGAGCAGAGAAAGCGAAAGAACUGGCUGCUCCUAUCUAUCAAGAAAUAAGGAGACUGGUGGGAUUUCAAUAGAAGCUGCUGAGUAGUUACAAGGACUUUUGUAUCAUGAGACAGAGAUUUUGUUAUUUGUAUCAAAAUCAUUUAUUAAUUAAUAAUCAUUUUGGUUUGAAACAAAAACUUUUUUUCCUGGAAGAUCCAAGGAGAACGUUGAAGGUGAUUACAUUAAAAAAUGUGCAAGAAGCCAGGUAUUUCCAGUGGGACCAGCAUUAAGCUUGUCUGACUAGUCAAAGAGGGAGGACAGAAGCAGUCACAAUUCACAAAGAAAUUGUGCAAAAGCAGAUUAUGAGGUUGCCUGUGUGGGUUUUUGGAUUUUUUCACUGACCACUGCAAGAAGCUGAAGUUUAGGUAAAGUGAUCAGAAUCUAGCAGAAGGAUUUGUAAUCCCCUCAAGAACAUACUUAGCUGUGUACGUGCUGUUGUUACAGAUGGACAGUUUAUCCUACUGGGGCUUAUUCAGCUUUGGUAUGGUGAUUGAACAUGUUCUUGGAUAACCAGAAUAAAAGUAAAGACUUAAAAAUAAACAGGAUGAUGAAGAGGGAACUUACUGCUUCUCCUUAUAGUUUCUUCAAAUUCAGUGUGAAUUACUUUCUUGUAUCUAUGUAGUUUGUAUGAAGUGAAUUUCACUUCUGCCAUUUGUGCCAUCCUGCUGGUCAGGUCCAAGGUACUUCAGUGAGAAAUGACAUGUGCUUCAGCUGCUGCUAUUUCACCUGCUGUUCUGUUUAACAGGCAGCUCCAGGAUUUUCAGUUCAGCAUCAAGUCUAGAAUUGCUUUAAAAAAUGUGUAGAAGAGAAGAUGUAAUCCCGAAUCAAAGAAAUCUUGGGUUGAGAAUCAGAGAACUUUCUGUAAAGUUUACAAAAUUGCUUCUUUAGAAAAUUGUGCUAAGGUCAGAGCCAGAAUAGAGUUAAAUAGAUCUUUGUGGACUCUUCACUACAGAGCCUUGAGAAAGUGUUGUGAUGGGAGAGUAGUGUUAGCCUGACCUGAUCUUAGGCCUCCCAAGAUCCACAGUCUUGGACUCACGGAUUGUGGCACUUGUUGGGAAUGUGUGGCAAAGGGGAAUUGCCAAAAGGAGACACCAUGUUCUGAAGAGGGGUAGUAGUACAUGUUAAAAGGUAAUGAAAGCCCUGCUGAUCCUGUGCCAGCAUAUUUAGCUGUGUCGUUACACUUCAUGGUGCUGUGUAUGAAAUUGCUGUACUGUAAAUUGAGUUAAUCCUGUGCUCUGGCAGCUCAUAACCACGCUAUGCCUGUGGCAUUUGUCAUGAAGGAUUGCAGUCUUACAUGACUGAGUUAGUAAAACAUGGCGGGGGGGGGGGUCUACAUAGUACUGUUGGUUGGUUGGUUGUUUUGGGGUUUUCUAAAAAGCAGUAUUUAGUUAAUUAUAGUGAGUUGAUUUAGAAAGAAAUAUUUAAUUUUCCAAAACAUAAAGCUGAGGACUGAGCGUCUCCAGAUCUGUGCUGAGACCUGUAUUUAUUUGUUAGGGAUCUGAAGAAGAGAACUGCCAUGCAAGAACAUGAUGAUGACAGAUUUUCUAAAAUUAGGCAAGACUAGAGGAGCGGAGUGGAUGGAGACAGACUGAUUGGAACCAAACUCAGUGUAGACAAGCCUAAGGUAAUGUCCUCUGGAAAGAAUAAGUAUAUUCAAAAAUUGUCUCUGGUUUUAAAUAAGCUGUAGUGGAUGAGGAAAGAACAUGUUAUAACUGUACAGAUUUACACAGUUUUACAAAACUUCUGUCAGUGUUUAACAGCUGCAUUAGAGCACUAAGAUGAAAAAUUAAGGCACACAAUUACUGCUGCUUCCUGAUUUGGCAUAAAAUGUUUGCUGUGGCGCUUUUUAAUACAGAUUGCUUUCUGCAAAGGUCCCACAGUAUGUACCUUGAGAGAAGCUAACACUGUCCUCAUGAAGACUCUGAAAAUCUUUAAUACUAGUGUAUCUAGUUUCUACCUGUACCUCUUUUUCACUAGCAAAGAUAGAAGCAUAUAUGCAAAAGACAACUCAGAGUUUCAAGGUCUCUUUACACUUCUGAUACUCAAAUUGCCUAAUAUAUAGGGUUGCCAUUCAACACACCUUUUCUGCAGUAGAAGUAAGAUAGGAGCAUUCAUGGGAGGGGUUGACACCAACAGGUGAUUUUGCUUUGUUACUUAAACUGUUCUGAGCAAUCUUUCCAAAACUGUUAGAUUCUUUCUCAGAAAAUUAUGUAAGUAAAGCAGGGAAAAAAACUUCAAAAGAGCCUUUUCUUUGAGGUAGGGGGUUUAAGGCAUUACAUGUUUAGCUGUGUUUCAAGCAAAUUCACUAAUUUGCCUCUUUUCAACUCAAUAAUACGUUGGGGGUUUUUCCUUCCCUUUCCCCUGUCAGUCAAACAAAUCUUAUUUGCCUGACCUAUUUCCUUCAAGUAAGGAAAUAUACAUGCUUUUUCAUCUUCAGAAAAGUUAAACUUGUGUAAAAUGAGUAUAUAAACCUACUGAUUGUUGACUAGGCUUUUCAUUUUUAUUGCUCCUGUGGAGGAAUUCUCAAAAUAACAUAUGUUUGGCUGGUGAAAUAAUCCCAAUUCCAUUAACAACCAUGAUCUUUAGAAUCCCUUGAGAGGAGACAACAAAGGUAGAUGUUUACAGGUAUCUGUUGCCUAUUUGAGUUUUCUUAGAGCAUGUUUUUUCUGCUAAGUUAACCAUCUUGGCACUCAGGUGGUUUAGCUGAGCUUGAAGCAAUGAGUUGAUUCCAAGCUACUCUCUCCACGUCUACCUCCCUGUUUCCCUUUGGGAAUGUCUUAUAAACACCCAUUCUGUAUAGGUUCUGUGGCAGUGUUUACUAAGGAGUGCAGUUGAGUUAGAACAGCUGUUUAGAGAACAGUGGUUGGAGAAGACUUGAUGCUUUAUGUUUCAUAGUUAUUUGUUUCACAAAACAAAUUUGUUUCACAUAAUUACUUGUUUCGCACAAACUCUAGUGCUGGGGAUUUAAUGUUUGUUUGCAACACGAUAGGUGCACUCCUGAAAUGCAUUUUCAUGUUUGUUUUUAUCCAAAUCACAUUCUCUAAGACUUCUCUGUGAUGUCAGCUGAAGUGCAGUUGGUGGGGAGUUUCUGCAGAAGCACACUCCUCAUCCCAGCUGCAGUGUGGUAGAGACAUGCCGUAUGUUAUUGUGGAAGUCACUGCGAGGUGUUCUUCUAGGACAGAGUGAGAAAAAGGUCCAAAUAUAUCUUUCCUAAUGGAAAUAAAAAGAGUCAAAAGGUGGAGAGGUGGAGAGAUAUCCUCAUCCCAUGCUGUGUUGCUCACUGAAGAAAAGGAAGCAGAAACAAUGAUUCUUUAUUUAGAAGGCAUCAGUAAUUUCUGCCUUAGACUCAAAAUCUCCUCUUUUGCCAUUCCUGUUAGUGCACCUGGCCCGCUGCAGAUCCAAACCAUUACAUAUGUGUCAGACAUAGCAUCUCCUAGUAAGACUCACUCACCUUUAGAGAUAAAACAUCAACUCCACAGUGAAUUACUUGCGAAAAUCUAACAAAAACAUUUAUACACUCGAGACAUCCAUUUUUCCAGCUGGUUGUUCCUAGGAAAUCAUGAAAUCACAUAGUGAGUCUCAGCACUGUGCUUUCAGUUUAGAGCACAGAGUAUACUCAGAAUUUUAGAUUCAGGAACAAUGUUUUCUGCAGCAGAGAUUCCAAAUGAUGGUUGGCCCCAUAAAUUGACUCUGGGACUGCUCCAGCAUAAGUCCCUGCCUCAUAUAGUGGGGUGCAUAGAUAUUGUACAUUAUACUGGAAUAUAAUUGUAACUCUUAAAAGAUGAUACUUAGUUUUCAUACACCAUGACCUGGCUUCUCAGAUUCCCCGGAAGGCUUUCUGCAUAGUUCUGAUUGAGUGUUUGUUCAUCUACAACCAAUUCAAGCGAAUCCUUUGCAGGAUUAUGGCUGCAUCUAUUAAAGGCUAGAGAAUUCAUAAAAAUGAGCUGAACGUCUAAGGAAGGACAGUGAAAUGGGGUCCUUGGGGACUGACUUGCAUCUAAAUGUUUUGGGAACCAUAGGUUAGCAAAGCAAAUGUUUUCUUAUCCUUGGUUAGGGAUAUUAUGAUCCUGACAACAGUGUAGCAGCAAAUACUGCUGAUGAAAGUGUGUUCUUUCAGCAGUUCAGCUUGGUUAGAUUUACGUUCAGUUCAAGGGAUGGAUCUUUCACCAUUUUGAUCUGUGCAUUUAAGCUCUUGGAUGCUGCCUACCUUUUUUUUUUUUUUUAUGACUGAUGGACUGCUGCACAGAGAGAUAGUCUAGCAAGCUAGUGGAGGAAGUCUAGUGGAAAAGGGGUUUUGUUCAGGAAAUAUAUUAUCUGUUCUUGACAGGAAAACAAAACCCCUCUUUCUGCUGUGUUGGACUGUCUAAUUCCCUUUUAAUUAUUUGAUCUAUUCAUUCUUUCUAGGCAAGUUUGACAGUAGCUGCAAGAAGAAUGUCAAUAUAUUGUGUAGUCAAAAGCCUUGGAAGAACCCAGACAUCUCUCAUCUUUUCUAAAAUCUCUUAUAUAGUAGGACUUUACUGUUAGCAUCAGCCAGUUUUGGUGAAAAUGCUGCAGCAAAACUGUAGUCAUAUGUGACAUUAAUUUAUCUGCUUAAAGCUUUGGUGUUUUGGUUUGGAUUUUUUUUUGCUCACUCAGCUGUGAAAGACGACUUCUUAAAUAUUGAAUUCCCAAGGACGCUUUUUAUUGCAUAGUCCUGUCCAGAUGACAGCUGAAGUAAUGGAAAAUUCUCUUUAUUAUCACAAAAGAUUCUGCUCUGAUUCUCACUGUCUUUUCUGUUAUUCUGUUUGUUGUGCUAAUGGUUGUAUUGUGGAAGGUUUGACUCGUAAGUAUUUAUUGUGUGUCAAUAAGAAAUCAUUUUACCUGCAACAGUCCCGUUUCAUUUUGGAAAUGGAAGAUUCACUGAUCAUUUCACUUGUAGGCAGCAGCCUUGGUGUCACAAUUGUUUUAUAUAAAACCAAAUGCCAACAUCCUGCACAGGUAAAGAGUUUAACACCUGGGAAGAUGUUCUGCCCCUGUUGUAAAUUGCUGUCACAGAACACCAUGACUGAAGAUGAGAUUAUCCACUACAGGAUUGGGCUCGUGCUGCCUGUGGACAUAAAAUUAAGCACUGAGCUUAACGUCUGUUGCACUGUCGUACUCUCAGCAUUCCAACAUGGCUGUGAGACGGGAGCAGAGCAAAUCUGUGCCACACCAGAAGGCUCAAUCAGUUCCAGAUGUGCAGCAUUUGCUGUAUGUGCAAGAUGAAAUGUCAAGACAAGAGUUGCAGAACAAAAAUCCUUAAAAGUUAUUAAAUGUUUAGAAGUAACAGCAUGCUUGUAAAGCUUGGCUUAUAAAGCCUGUGAUAGCAUGGUCUUAGCCUCACUCAUAGAGCUGACAGGAGCAGUCACACAGCUGAGUGCGAUGGUGACAUAAGGUAAGCCAUCUGCUCCCUCAGUACAAUAAUGUAAAGACAGUAUGAGUCUAAUUUGAGGGGUUACUGGAUUAACCCUCACAGGUGGGAAAUAAUAGCUCAUGGCAGAACAAGGUAGUACCACAUCUCUUGUGUCCUAAACCAGAUGCUCGCAGCUCAGGUGGGAACACAAAGCACAGAGAAGAUGCUACAUGGAUAGUGUCACUUGUCCCACGUGCUGUUGUAUCUAUGACUCUGCAAUUUCUCCAAUUUCAGUUUGGCGUGACUUUAUUUUCAUUCAUCAUUGUGAAGUGGCUGAGAAAAUUAAUGGAACUUUGGUUUGAAAUGCUGGAUGUAUGUUCUCUGCUGUCUUUGGUGAAAAGUUCUUUCCUGAUGCCCCAGGAUUUAUAGAAAGAAAUCAUUAAGCCAAAUAAGAAACUUAUCAAAACAAGGCUACUUUCUGGCAUUAUCCAGUUUCUGGUGUAGGUGGUUUCUGGCUUCAUUUACACUGUUUACCUUCAUGCUUCAUCCCCUAAGCCACAUCUCUCUCUGAGUAAAGUAAAACCUGUAUGUCGAA